GUUGACCAGACUGUUGAGGACUGAGACCAUGUUUGUAGCAGAACCUCCCAUGUUACAUUACACAGCGGGAACACGAAGCACAGAGAUCGAAGGUUUCGUAUCGUGGAGGACAAUUAAAAGAAGAAAGAUUUCUAUUUGUAACAAAUUCGCUUUCACUGAGUGGAAUUUAAAUCUGAGAUUUGACGUCGGAAUUUAUGGCUUCUGUUUUGUGGAAUAUAAGUUGACUGUGAAUCCACGUUGGGUGGAAAAUCUGAAAGAACAAUGAAUCGGCAAGUAUUGCUGUAUAUCUGGCUCUUUUCUGUUGGUUCAGUUUUCGGGCAGGUCAGUUAUUCUAUUCCGGAGGAAAUGUCUAGAGGCUCGUUAGUUGGAAAUAUAGCCCACGAUUUAGGUUUAGAAAUUAAACGUUUAAUAUCAGGAAAAGCUAAGAUCUAUACUAGAAAUGGCGACCAGUACAUCGAGCUGAACAGAGAAAGAGGAGUCCUCCUCGUCAAGGAGAGAAUAGACAGAGAGGCGCUGUGUACAGAGACGGCGCUUUGUGCUUUACAUAUUCAGAUCAUUUUGGAGAAUCCUAUGGAAUUUUACACUGUUACAGUCCAGAUCACAGAUAUCAAUGAUAAUGCACCAACAUUUGAAAAAAGUGAAAUGAAAUUCAAAAUUAGCGAAUCAGCGAGUACAGGGGCAAAAUUUGACCUAGAAAGGGCUGUGGAUCUUGAUGUUGGCAUUAAUGAUCUCCAGAAGUACGAAUUAAGACCAAGUGAUAAUUUUGUUCUAAAACUGCACAGUAACACGAAUGGCCGCAAAAGCGUUGAGAUGGUACUACAGAAGCCUUUAGACAGAGAGAAACAAGAGCAGGUAUCUCUCAUCCUAACCGCUGUAGAUGGAGGAGAGCCACAGAUGUCAGGGACAAUGCAGAUUCUCAUUACAGUUUUAGACGCUAAUGAUAAUGCUCCAGUUUUUACACAGCAGACAUACAAAGCUACAGUCACUGAGAAUUCACCUAAAGGAACUGUUAUUGCUACUGUUACAGCCUCAGAUGCAGAUCAAGGCUCUAAUAAUAAAAUAACAUAUUCAAUCACAAAUACAUUAGACAAUGUCAGGAAAUUAUUUCAUAUAAAUGAGGAAAAGGGUGAAGUUUCAUUAACUGAGAGCAUUGAUUUCGAAAUGUCACGGAAUUUUCAAAUAAAUCUGCGUGCUACUGACGAUGGAGGACUAACAGACUCUUGUAAGUUGAUUGUAGAUGUUCUGGAUGUUAACGACAAUAAACCUGAAAUUAACAUAAUGUCAAAGUCAACUGUGAUAUCAGAGGAUGCUAAAGUCAGUACGGUCGUUACAAUGAUAAACACUGAGGACUUAGAUUCAGGAGACAACGGGAACGUGAAAUGCUUUAUCAGCGAAAAUGUUCCGUUUAUUUUAAAAUCAUCAACAAGUAAUUUUUACAGCUUAGUGACAGACAGCGAUUUAGACAGAGAGAGAGCGUCUGAGUAUAAUAUCACUGUGACCUGCUCUGAUGAGGGAGUACCCUCCCUCUCGAGCAGCGUCAUUCUCACCUUACAGAUCUCAGAUGUUAAUGACAACGCGCCUGUCUUUGAGAGGACCUCAUAUGAGGCCUACAUUGUAGAAAACAACACACCAGGUCUCUCUAUAUUCACAGUGAAAGCCACAGACACUGACUGGAACCAGAAUGCCCGCGUUUCUUACAUACUGGAAGACUCCUCCAUUAACGGAGUGCCAGUCUCCUCAUAUGUGUCCGUUAGUGCUGAUAGUGGAAUCAUCAGUGCAAUGUGCACGUUUGAUUACGAGCAGAUCAAAGAUUUCCAGUUCCACGUCAAAGCGCAGGAUGGAGGCUCUCCUCCGCUCAGCAGCAACGUGACUGUGAAAAUAAUGAUUCUGGAUCAGAACGACAACCCACCUCAGGUUCUGUACCCAGUCCAGACGGGUGGCUCUCUGGUGGCUGAAAUGGUGCCUCGUUCAGCAGAUGUGGGCUAUUUGGUGACCAAAGUGGUGGCUGUUGAUGUGGACUCUGGACAGAACGCCUGGCUCUCCUAUAAACUGCAGAAAGCCACAAACAGGGCGAUGUUUGAAGUGGGCUUACAGAAUGGAGAAAUAAGAACUAUCCGCCAAGUCACUGAUAAAGAUGCCGUGAAACAAAGACUGACUGUUAUAGUGGAGGACAACGGGCAGCCCUCUCGUUCGGCUACAGUCAUUGUUAACGUGGCGGUGGCGGACAGCUUCCCUGAAGUCCUGACGGAGUUCACUGAUUAUACACACGACAAGGAGUACAAUGACAACCUGACUUUUUACUUAGUCUUGGCUCUGGCUGUUGUGUCCUUCCUCUUCAUCACGUGUUUAGUGGUUAUUAUAUCAGUGAAAAUCUACAGGUGGAGACAGUCUCGCAUCCUGUAUCAUUCCAACCUCCCUGUCAUUCCAUAUUAUCCACCACGUUACUCAGACACUCUGGGGACAGGGACUCUCCCCCAUGUGUACAAUUACGAGGUGUGCAGGACGACUGACUCCAGAAAAAGUGACUGUAAAUUUGGCAGAGCUUUUAGUCCGAACGUGCUGAUAAUGGACCCCAGUUCUACAGGGACGAUGCAGCGGAUACAGAGUGAAAAGAGCAUCCUGGAUGAACCAGACUCUCCUCUAGAGGUGAGGUCCUGA